GUUCAUUGGUUUCUGAAGCCAGGACAUAGUGCUGCUUUUGCUCAAGUGAUUACGCAGAUUUAAAAUUGAAUGUAUUAGUCUGAUGUUCGUAUUUGUAUUACAUUGCUGUUAGUUCGUCGUUGAAGUUGAUCGCGACUUUAGAUAUGUGGUCAAAGAGGAUAAUGUCGAAUCACAGUAGGCCUCAGAGGCGCCGGGAGUGGGACCCGAUGAGAGACGAUUUUAACGAACACACGUAUGACGUGCAAUACGCCGACGAUAAUGCCGGGGAACAAGUGCAGCUUGACCACACGAAGCUGUACAUAAUCAACAUACCGAGAGGUCUGAGCGAGGACGGCAUCCGCGCCGCCUUCUUGAAGCACGGAAAAGUUUUAAGCGCCCGCUUGAGCAAAAAUCCUAACAAGAGAUUCGCCAUAGUGCAAUUCGAGACUGCUAGUGAAGCCAAACUGGCCAUGAUGAAAAUGAACGGCUCCGAACCUCUGAACCUGAAGAUAUCCAUAGCUCAUAAGACGAUUCGGAAAACGCAACAUGAUAAUAAAGACAGGAAUUACAGCACGUCACGAAAUGGUCAUUGUAGUAGAGAUGAAGCAUCCAGUAUAAGCAGCAAGGGAUGGAAUAUGAGGAAUCUGGACGAUGUCAUGAACAAUGAUGAAAUUGACGAAAUUGAUGACAUGAUUCAUGAGGAUCACGAUGACAACCUUGACUUGGAGCUGGACAUGCUCACGCUGAAACAGCUGAAGAUCAAAGAGGAGCAGCUCAUGUGUAAGCGCAGAUUGCUCCUGCGACAUGCUGAGAAGAGACAGGUGGCUCCGCAUUCGUCUGCCGGUAGAUCCGUCUUGCCCGACGGUCGCAUCGUCGUGAGGAACAACGCCAAUGAAACGGAUUCUGCUGAGGUUGAACCUUCAUUCGCUGGAGCCGGUUCAGAAUCGAGCGAGACCCUAUGCUCCUGCCUGACGAAGACAUGCGAUCGAGCUUCCGUAAGCAGUGCGUCCACGACUGCAUGCGAUAAAUGCGCCGGCGCUGACAAAGCUAAGUCUACGAUCCAUAAUAAAACCGAUAUAAGGUCUUCCGACAGUAGAGCGCCGUUGACGGAUCCGUCGAGUCAGUUUGACAGAUGUCACUUUGACAGGUGUCACUUUGACAUUUGCGAUCUGGAUGACUCAGACUCCGAAACCACUGGGCUGAUACAGCUUAGGAGCACUGAUUACGCGGGCGCGGUCGAGAAGCGCUUGAAGGUCGUAAUAGCUUUCGAAGGAUACCCCAAGUCCAGUAUUCGGCUCCGGCAAAUGGAAUUGUUUCAGCGAUGUCUGAACACCAUUAUAGAGAUGCAGCUACACAAUGGUCUGCUUAAGGAGACGCCGUCUUUUGUAGAUUAUUACUUGAAUCGAGGUGCUAUAGUAGUGGUGUGCAAAGAUUUGGAGACUAGAAAUUGGAUCGUACGCGUUUUACCGGGUCUAGAAGAGAGGAUGAAGGAAAAGAUUGUCUUUCUGAAUUCGACCGUGAAACGCGUCUAUUUGGCUGUCAUGAAGAUACCUCGUACGUGCUGGCCCAUGAAAGCGAGAGAUGUCUUCAAAUUGCUGCAAUACUUCAAUCCGAAAUUGAAAACUGUUUUGUGGAAAAUUUACAGCCAGAAAGUAAUGAACGGUGUUGAAGUCACCUCGUUUAUCAUGGACAGGGUAUCCGGGGAGAUAGUCAGAGGCUAUUCAUUCAACAAUGUUAUAGAUUAUUCUCAGAUGGAAUUCGACAUGAUCGGUCAAAGAGAAAUAUACUUUGAGCCCUUAUCCGGUUUAGACGAGGAUAUCAGUAGUGUCGCGUCUAGAGUAAAACUCUUGGCAGAAAUCAAAUCAGCUGAAUCGACCCCGAAAACUUCUCAAAUCAGUUUGAUUAAUAGAGCUGUUGACGUGGAAAAAGUAUUAAAAGUCAUCGAGGCUAAUGAAAAUGAAGAGAAAGAAUUCAAGUUUAAUUUUCACGAUCCGAACGAAGACCCAGAGAGUUCUUUCCAACAAAAAGUCUUAGAUAAACUAAAGGAUGUCCAGUACGUGGGAGAGGAUCGUGAAGUCUUCGUUUGGUCGAAAGACCUUGGCGGCGUCGAGGAUGCGUCGAAUGACGGCUUCAUCUCCGACAGCAGCAAUGUCACGUCUGCGCCCUUAUCAUAUAUGUCUGAGGGUACUGAUCUCCGAGAGAAUCUGUACGUGGACAGCAGUAAAGGGAAACCUUAUUACAGGAGAACAAAUUAUCUACACGUCGAACCGGAGUUGAAAGUAGCUGUGACGCUUGAAGGAUACCCGACAGACAAACUAGAAGCUCCCCAUAUGAAACUUAUGAAACGGGCCUUCAAAGACUUUGUGCAUAAAGACGCGAAAAUGAAGAGAUUCGAUUGUUUGAUGCAACCGCAUUUUCACGAUGUGUACCUAGCCAACGGUGCUUUGAUUUACAUAUGCAAUUGUAUAGAGAGUAAAGAUUAUCUGCUAGAGGUUCUGCCCAAAUUGAUAUUAGCUACCGGCUUAAGGUUGUCCGUGAGGGAUAUAAAAGAUCUUGUAAGAUACACUAGAGUCGUGUUUCGGUUGCCCAAAGAGAUCGCUCAUAAGGCUUCGGAAGAAGUGUUGAACGCUUUGAAAAAAUCUUAUUCUGGCUUAAAAAUUGAAUGCUGGAAGUAUUACUCUAGCGUUAUUGGUAAACAGAGACGGGAGUUCGGCUUGGAUCCGGAAUCGUUAUUAAUUAUAAAAAGUCCAGAGUUCAAACCUACGUAUGAAGGUCACAUUUUAGAAUUCAGAAUAAUCGACCGUACCCAAAAAUAUCUAAAGGAAUGCGAGAGAGCUUGCGUGAAAACCGAAGAAACUUCAGAAUCGGAGAAAAGAAACCAAGAAAUAUUAAAUAAAAUUUAUAAUCCAAUUAAUCCGUCACUAAAGAAUUUAUCUCUAUCAAAAAUACGUGCGGAUCAUUAUUCUGAUUUCAUUGACGACGAUCUAAAACUGUAUAUAGGUUCGGUCAAUUAUCCCGAGAUUCGUAUCGACUUGGAGUUGUUCAAUACGAUCAAGACAACAUUCGAGAAGAUUCUUUUGGAAUCCAUUGAGAAAGGCGUCAUGGGGAUCACCAAUUUACCAGUGUUCCACGAUGUAUAUCUUUUCGACGGUGUAAUAUUUGUGAUUUGCCAGAACAUGGCUUCGAGGCGGUGGAUAGAAAAUUCUCUGUCCUCAGUUAAUUCAAGAUUGGGAAUAAGUCUCAAGCAUACAGAGUAUAGAGGAGCGGUUGGUAUAAUUAGUAUGUCUUUACAAACCUCUAAAACACCUGAACGGGUGAUCGAAGCAUUGCAAAUAAGAAAUCCCAGGCUACGAACUAGAUUUUGGCGUGUAAUCAGCACUGUGCAGACGAAAAACAAUCUGAAUAUAGUGUUGCAAAUCGACAAGUUUUCCGCUCAAAUCAUAACUAGUAAAGAUUUCGUAAAUGUGGUCGGCAAGAAGUGUAAAGUUCACUUUAAAUUGGGUCAUUUAAUGCCUUUGCUCGAUAACAAGUCGAAACUGACUUGUUAUGAUAAUAAUUUCGAAAAAUUGACUACAAUAGAAGAGUACGCAAAUAUUGAAAACCUCGAAGCGACAACUAAUCAGACGAAAACAAAAAAAAAUAAGAAGAAAAGUAAAAAUAAAAAAGGACUUAAAAUUCCUAAUACGGAAGCCGAAUCUAAAAUCACUUUGGUAUCUGAAAGUUCAAAUGAUAAUUCUACAACAGACACGUCUAAAGGCAAUGAAAGUGUAAGACCCACUGACGACCAUCAAGACAAAGGAAUUAUUUGUAACAUAAAUAACAACAGUCUGGUACAUGCUAUAAUGAAUGUAACAAAAAAGAAUAAUGAUAAACAAAGUGAAGAUAAACGACAAACAAAGGAACCAAAUUCGAACUCUGACAGCUCAGAUGAUAUUUUUACAGCAGAUACUUCUAAUAAUAAUGAUGAAAUUGUUAAUGUAACCAGGACUGAGGCAAGCCUACAACAUGAUAAGUUGUUUAGUAACAUUAAUAACAUUCUAGAACAGGCUAUAAUCAAUGUAUCAAAACAGAAUAAUGAUGAACCAACGAAAGUUGAAAUAUUUGAUGAGAAAACAAAUGAAAAUAACGAUCAAAGUAAUAAUUCUAUAAAUUUGGAAACAAAUUCCAAGUCUGUUGACAAUCCUGCAACAGAAACAUUUAACUGUAUUCAGGAACUUAUUUGUGAAGAAAAUACAGAUGCUUCCGGCGUAAUUCGUAACUUCGAAGAACAACAAAACAAUAUAAGUGUAACAGAAAACAAUGAACAAACCGUAAUUGCAAUUCGUCUAGAUAAAGAAGAGUCGCUUAGAAACAGCAUUGAAAAUAAAUUGGAUGUUUUGGCUGGUGAUAAUGAAGCUGUUGUAAUGGAAACGGAAACUAUAGGUGUGCCUUUAAGCGAAGACGAUACAAACGCCAAAGAUGUAACCGACUCGACCGAAGCCAUACCAGAAAAUAAUAAUUGCGAAUCGAUUAAUGAAGACGUAAUGAUUGAAAAAGAAACUCCAGCAUCAGAUUUUAAUGAUAACAUACUAGAGACAAGCAAGACCCAAUCUCCUCACGUGUCAGAUCCCGAAUCUGAUUUGAAUACAAACGGGCUACAGAAGAUACUAUUGAGGAUACCUAUAGAAAUAUUGCCUGAGGAGGAAGACCUGAAUAUGGUGUUCGAAGUUUUGAAGAAUAAGAAUCCAGGUCUGAAUCCUGAAGUUUGGAAGAUGCACGCCAUCGGCUCGUACGAUAAAGGUAAAUUCGUAUUGCACGUCGAUGACGAAUCUAUGAAUGUCAUUAAAGGCGCUGCCUUUAAUAAUUACGUUGGCGGUAGGCGGAUUUUUUUCUUUUAUUAA